AUGAAUGUCUAUGCUUCUUCACUCGCCUCUAUUUUCAUCUUCUUCUUGUUCAGUUCGAGCCCUCCUCCUCCACCAUCUUCUUAUCCUCCAUACCACACCCUUCCAUCCACCUCCCCAACGCACUCUUCCGCCCUCACAGCUCUAUCUCCGUCUCCACCUUCUGUUCCAACCCGACCUCGAACCUUGAAGCCAAUAUCGCUAGGAACUUUCCUAGAUAAGUUCGGUAAUAAGCGCGUGCAUUCGGAUAAUGAAGAAAAUGAAGGGGGAGAAGUAUCAAGCAAGGGAGACAUUGAGGAGAUGCAGAGUAUAGAGGAAUUAGAGAAUACCAUUCCGAAUUCUCCUGGCAAGUAG